AUGACCAGAAGCGGCGACAGCGUCGUGCCGAAUUGUAGGCUAGCGAUCGCCGCAUUCAUCGUCUCGCUUGGCGGCGGCUUCAAUUUCGGCUAUCAGCUUCUCAUCACGAAUUCAUCGGAGAAUGCGUUCAUGCAAUUUUUGGCCGCCUCGUAUUCUCAACUCCAUAAUGUCAAGUAUCGGAAUGACGCGUCGGAGAUUGUGAAUCUCUGGGGAAUCAUCCUCGCGACAUUCUUCUGGGGCGCCACCGUCGGCGCGUUUCUGAUUCAAGUGAUCGCUGAGAGGCUCGGCCGAAAAAUUGGGAUCAUUUUGAGUUUUUGCGUUCAAGCCGCGUCGAUCAUCAUGGCGAUCGCCUCAUUCUACACGAAUAAUUAUAUAAUGUACGCGGUUUCGCGGGCGAUUUGCGGUGCUGCCAUCAGCGUCUCGAUCGGAAUCGCGCCGAUGUUCAUCACCGAAUGCAGUCCGAUUCGUUGUCGAGGAACGAUUUCGCUGGCGACGGCGAUCAUGAUGCAAUUGGCGUUGGUGGUCGGCGCCAUCGUGGCGAUGCCGCAAAUUUGGGGCCAACCGCACAAUUGGCACCGCAUGUACAUUUUCGAGCUCGCCCUUCUCGUUCCGGCCAUCGUCGGCACGUGUUUCGUCAAAGAGUCGCCGAGUUUUUUGGCGUCGAAAGGCCGCAACGACGAGGCCGUCGAGGCGUUCGCCUACUAUCACGGCGUUCGACAUCGAGAAGCCGAAACGCUUCUCGCGUCGGAGGUGUCGCAAUUCAACACCAAAUCGAGCGGCGAAACUCCCGAAAAUUUCGGAUUGUUCUCCAUUUUUAAGUUUGGCGUCAUUCUUUCAUCAAUUUUCAUCGAAAAAUACGGGCGUCGCAGUCUUCUGCUCGCCACUUUCACACUUCUCGCCGCCUUCAACGUCAUCAUUUUCGCGUGUAUGCUUCUGUUCGAGACGCAUCAAAGCGCGCUGCUCGGCUACGGUGUCGUCGUCGCGAUCGGUUUGUUCAAUUUGAUCUUCUCGGCGGGACCAUGUCCGAUAGCGUUCUUCAUCACCGGCGAGCUCGUCUCGCAGGGAGCCCGAGCGGCCGCGUGCACAUGGGUCAUCGUGCUGCUCAAUUUGAUGCGUUCGAUUGUUCUUGUGAUCUACAAUCCAAUCGAAAAUCUACUCGGCGGCCCGCUGGCCUACUUCGUGUUGUUCUUCCCGCCGUGUGUGAUUUGCGUGGUCCUCAUUUAUUAUUAUUUGCCGGAGACGAAAGGAAAAACCGCCGAAGAGGCCGCCGACGAUACCAAAAAUCUCCCGAAAUUGUGUGGAAAAUCAAAAGAAUAA